AUGGAGGUAAAGAGUAUUUUGGAAGUCGCUUUUGAAUGGUUCUGUGAGUGUGGGGCCUUUGAACAGCUCAGAAAACAAAGUAAAUGUUACUCUGCAGAUUCCACGGUAAGUCAUAGGGUUUUAAAAACUAUGAGGAUAUUUAUGCAGUCGUGAAUAAGCUGAAAUUGCAGCAAACAAAAACAAGUUGAUGAGUAUUUCUUUGAGAAGGAAAUGCUUAAUUACAUGCCAUUACUUUUGGAUUAAUUCAUGUCACGGUUAGGCCUUUUUAAUUUAAUUGAGAAAAGGGCAUCAUGGCAUUUAUAUUAAUUGACUUUAUUCCUUAUAAACGAAAGUAAAUAGCCCCCAGCCUUUAUUAUUUUGAGAUCAAAACCUAUCUCAAAGUGGAAUUUUAUAUGUGAUUUUAUCAAUGACCAGUAUCCAGAAGGGUCACUCUUAUGAGAAUUUUCAGAUGAGACAUUUUUACAACAAGUGUUUUUCAUAUCCUUCAUAGGAAAAGACUGUUUACAGAUUUGUGUUUGAAAUGGAUCUUAUGGAUUUGCUUGACUUUAAUGGUAUGGUUUGUGUGAUUUCAAACAACAUCUUUUCAAUAUAACUACUUCUUAUGAUAUUGUUGUAAGAAACAAAAAUGUUGUCAUGCCCCUAUUAGAGGUUUCCAUUAACCAUUGUUACCAAUUUUUGUCUCCUAGCUACACUAGGAAAUUUGGCUAUAGUGGAGCCUUUGAAUGCCAUAAAUGUUUUUCAAGAGGUAAGAGCUAGGCCAUGGUUGGUGGUUUUUAGGGGACUCAGGCACACUCCACAUGUGUCCUGCGAUAGCUAGUUAACAAGAAUAUUUCUCCCAAAGGCCAGCAGUAUUCUAAUUUCUUGUGUAACAUAGAUGUCAUAAAUCCACUUCAUAUAUGCUUCUCCACAAUUCUAAGCCUAGGUGUUCAGGAGGCUCUACAGGGUUUUUGAUUGUGCAAGAUCUGGAUGUUAACAUAGUGCAAGCUUCAAAAUUGUCAACAUGCAAAAUGUACAUGGUGGCUCAAUGUGACUGCACAAUCAUUAUCGUUAAAAGUGUAUUAAACAGUACAAAACAAUACAGUUGUUAUGAAAUUAACUCUACAGUUUCCAGCAACUAUACCCCUAAUACUUAGUUAAUAUCCGUUAGCCUUCUAAGCCUGGAAAAGAGGUCAACUGAAAAGAAAACAAAGGUGGAAGGUUGCAAAAGGACAACACAUUCAAAGGUCUAUGCAUGCACAGUUAUCAAUCUUGACAAAGUGCUAGUUUACUAUGUAAUGUUUUGAGAGUAAGAAAAGGGAUCUUCUAAGUAAGAUUUAUUGGAUUUCCCUUAGUAGAUAUUUUUGAAUUUUAAAUAAUGGUUAUAAUAAUAGUCCAUUUUACAGUUGCAUGCUUGGUUGCCAAGUCUUUGAACAGGAGUGAGGCUAAGGGUGACCUUGGUAUGAUACAAACGUUGCUGCUUUUCGAAUACAAAUUACUUUGUUAUCAUGCUAAGUAGAUACUGGUUUCUAUCACAGCAGGGUCACCUUCAGCCUUACUCCAAAUCAAAGGCUUGGCAAGUAGGUACACAACUGUGAAAUGGCCAUUGAAUCAUGAAGAAAUUGACAAUGACAUAUUUUUAUGUUUAUUUUAUAACAGACUACUGGUAAUCAAAAUUUAUACCCAUUAGAAAAAAAAAGAAUAUUGCCACCAAUAAUGUUUUAAGAUUGUGAUCAAACAGUAAACCUUUUCUCUGAUAUGUUCUGUACAGGUCUCUUAUAUUGUUAUUCACACUCUGUCAUGGAUACCAGAUUUGUUGCUCCCAUCACAAGUUCUUGUUGUAGUCAGGUUUUCAUCAGUUCCACCAUAUCAAGAGUAGGUUCAUGCUUCCUAAAAUAAUUUUAAUAUAGUUGAGUACAUACAGGGUAUGAUUUACAACAAGACAUGGUAUACAUGUGCUGAGAUCUUUAUAAGAUAGCCAAAUUUAAAGUUAGCUUCUCUACAUGUGUAUCUAUCUCCACACUAGUUUCCUGUAGCUCAAUUUUUCACUGAGAGAAGAGAAUUGUCUACAGAAGAGGUGUUAUAUUUGUACACUAGUAUAAUUUGCCUCUGGUAGGCCCACAGAUAUUAUCAUUAUUUGUAGCACAUUAAUUUCAACACAGACUGAUCUACCUUCAGUUGCUAAGUGGACAAUGAAAGCUAAUUUUGAUAAGUUUCAACUCAGGUCUAUAAGCAGUUGGAAUCUGGCUGGUAAUGGUCAGCCUAAUCUCAUGAAGAUAUGUGGUAUCAUAAGUGGAAUUACAGCUGUUACUCAGUACACGUGAGUUUUAAUUUAAGCACAAGCUGUAAUUUAACUACUUAAACUUUUCUGGCAUUUAAAACUGCCUCAUUAUAAUCACAUCUUAGUUGAAAAUUAAGAUUUAUUGUAGACAAAGAGCUUUUGUUUUUGUCUAGAUGGUAGUGUAUUAUAAAAGACACAGUAGCCUGAGCUAUACAUGUAUCUCUGGCCAGAAUUACUGUGCUGUGUUCUUGUGCAAGACACUUUAUUCUCCCUAUACUCAGUCUAAUGAACCAUUGGGAAAGCUGAAAAAAUGCUAAACCUUGCAGUCCAAAUGUCAAAAUAGGGAUUUUUUACUGUUUCCUUCUCUAUCAGUUACUAAACCUUGGAGUCACAGAUAGAAAGCAGCUAUUCCUCAAAUAGUAAUAGUGUAACAAUUACAACCUUUGAAUAACAAUGAUCCAGUUUGUGCAUAAUAAUGUUGUUAGAUGUGAGAUCUUUGACAGAAUCUCUUCCUUGAUUCUCUAGCCAAAGUGCAAGAUUCUACUGUCCUCAUUCUGAUUGUCUUGGUUCUGCUAAAUAUUGUUACAUCAGAGUUCAUAUGGCUGGAAAAACAGAAAAUGUCACUGUAAGGUAAGCUGCACACUUGGGAUCUUGUGAAGUAGCUUUUUUAGCAAGCAGAUAUCUGAAGGGAUUUCUCAAGGCAUUUAUAGGAAUCGAUGAUUUAAAAAGAGCAUACAUUCUAUACAUGCAAGUCAAAAAUGUGCCACAAGUUUAAUUGAGAAAGUUGUUAUCAUCAUUGAGCAGCCCCAAGGCUAAAGGGGGUGACAAAGAGUGUAUAAUUUAUGGUAACCUAUUGCAACUUAGGUUAUUGCCUUUGAAUUAAGAUUUACUUGUUCUAACUCAUAUUUACCUAAAGUGGUCUACAUUGUGUUUUGGUAGGAGUGAUUUUGUGUGUAGAUACUGUGGAUGCUCUCUACUUGAAGAUGUUACUUGCCGUACUUUAGCAGGUAAUACAUAUAAUGUUACCCUUUCCUUUAAUAGGGGAAUUUGAAAUGUUUCUUUUCUCAAUUUGUUUUCUUGAUUGGUUUAUUUUUCAUCACUAGAUAAAUGCAUUGUUCAAGUCAUAUCACCAUUAACAGUAGACAGGAAACUUUGGAUCAACACUGGGUGUGGAAAAUUUUACCAAACCAUCCCAAUCUAUGUCCAAGGUGAGCAAAGAAUAAAGAGGAAAAGUUAGAAUUCCUACAGGGUGGUAGGAACUAGUUGAUUGUUUCACGACUAAGGGGUAGAGCUUAUAGCACUAGAAAAACAACCUUAAGUAGUAAAAUGUUUUUUAAUUAAUCUUGGGUGAUUGGUUUAAAACCCAGCACCCAAAAUCACUCCAAGGUUAUGCUGCCUCCAAUUUAUUGCAUGUCUUAGUUUGGUUUGUUUUCAGUUUAACUACAUGGAUUAAUUAAACUACACAUUUGAUCCACAUGUUUAUGGACAUCAUAUACAUGCUAAUUGAUUCCCAGGGUAUUAAUUCUUUUCUUUUUCUUAUUUUCUCUAAAAGAUGAACUCAUCAGGGAGGUUCAGAUUGGCUGUUACUGUUCAUUUGUUCUUUUACCCUCAUGUGAAAUUCAUAGUUCUUCUUUGCAACUUCAUUGUACUCCAGUGUUUGAGGUACACCUGUUAAUGAUGUUGACAGCUAUCUUACUUCACUCAUUUGCCAUAAAAAUUCACUUACACUUUGUUAUGUUUUGAUGUUUCUUGCCUGAACACAAUAAAUUUUUUCUUUGUUGUCACUUAUUCUGAUUAUUAAUUUUUUUACAGGCAAACAACAUAGUGAAGGUAAGACUAAAUUGUGAACAACUGAUAAAUUACCAGUUGCUGGUAGUUGAUUUGAAAAUAGUUAUUUAUCAGUGCAUUUUCAUUAGCAGUAAAAGUGCAGAUUUAUUUGUGAUACUUAUUGCAGUGGCAGCCACCCCACUUUCUUUGCAUGUCAUGAUUUUGGUUUAUUAAGUCAUAAAUGGCAUUUGGACUGUUUUGAAGCUUAAGAAAGUUUUCCUCUGAAAUCAAUCUCCAAAUUAUUUUUGAAGCCAUUGUACCAUUAUAAGAUAAUUGGAGUAGGCAUUUUGGGCCAUAUUUUCAGAGUUGUUGUUUCAAAAUUAUGCACCAAAUGUUUAUUUUAAUUUGUCUUUUAGAUGAGUUCUAGUCCUUUCUUGAAUCUGCUACCCUCCAGUUUGCCAAAUAGAAUAGAAAUGCUUCAUAAAGGUAGUGCUAUUAUCUUUUGCUAUCAGAUACAUGCCUGGAAGUACUACAAGUAAGGACUGACAAUCAUGAAUAUAUUUAAGUCUUUAUUUCAAGUCUACUACAUCAACUGCUGUAGAUAUGUACUCUAUACAUUAUAACUGCCAUGAGACACAAACUUAUCAUUAUUUCCUUUUCCACAAAGAGUUCAUCAGAUAUGUUACCUAACUCAGUUAACUCAUUAACCUAAGAAAAUUAUAAUUACAGUCUUUCAUGGAAUAAAUAACAUUAUUUUCUUUUAUUUUUGAAACAGACAGAGGGAGUUCAGCAUGGAGUUUUGUAAGCAGUCUAUCAUAUUGCUUUGGAGGUACUUUAAACUGUUAUAACUGCUUUUUUAUGACCAGUUUAGCUUGAGAAUGCUCUGGCUGAUUUUGGUCCCUCAACAAGAGGAAAAUAUGAUCCUGUUUUCAGACUUAAGGCAGCAUUUUCAACAAGUAAUCAGAACUUCAAAAGAAAUAAUCAGUCAAGUUGACAGUAAAGUUCCUUUUAAGACUGAUACAGUACACAGAUGAAUGUCUUUUUUGAGGAUAGGGAGGAAUUUUAAUGUGGAGAAAAAAAAUUGAAAUUGUAGAUUUUUUUUUUACCACAGACCAGUUGAAAACAUGAGAACAAUGAUUAUCCAAUACAUGGUGCACAUCUUCUUAUUUCUCUCAUAGCGUCCGUGACACCACCUGGAACAUUCUUUCAUCUAAAAAUGUUCUUGCUCAUGUCCCUACUGCUUCUUCACUCUUCUGAUUGCCCUGAAGAUACUAAACAAGCAAACUCAAGGCAUCUUCACUUGCUUGUUAUUGCUGAUGACCUUCUUAGGAUUCAAAGGCUAUUUCUUUACAUGGCAUCAUUUGCAAAGAGAAUGCUUGUUUAUUCUCCUCCAAGUGAUUUAUUCCCAUCCUGUUGCCGGGAUCCUUUUGGCUCAGGCACGUUUAUGAUUGAUGGUGAGGCUAACACAAAGAAGCUUUGUAGAUAGAUGUUAUAGUAAAACUUACAAUCAAAAAUUCCAAAAUUGUGUGAGGUUAGAAGAAGGUGACAAGAAGAUAUAACUAUUCCUUCCUCAAAGAGAGUCAAUUGCAUUUCCAGGGAGAAUGGGGUUUCAAAAUUAAGAUAUUCUCACUAAUGAAACUUAUUUCCUAAGAAGGGUCGGGGGGGGGGCAGGGCAGGGUGAAGGCAGGUCAGACCUGCUCCCCAUGUGGUAGGGGUACAGAGCUGUAUCACUAGGUUUUCUUGUAAAAAAAAGAAGAUAAUAGCGCACUUUGUGGUUUAUUCAUAUGCCUAGUAAUGAUAAUUGUUUUUUUCUUGUUCCUUUGCUUCAGCUGGAUGUAUCUCUCUGGCAUCUGAUGGUGUUUGUCUGAUUCCUAAUGCAGCUGUCUUAAAGAAAGAUGAAAAGGAUAAGCUUCAAUGUGGUAUAAAUUAUGAACAUCAUUCUCUCUUGGUUGUACUUAAUAAGCUUGAAUAAAACAUAAACCACUGCUUAAAUUUUGAUGAUUUUGAAUAAUCUCAAGAUAUCAGCGAAGUGUCCUCCCAUCGAUUAUUAUAAGCAAGUUUAAAAGAUUGUUUGCUACGUGGAUUUAUGUAGUCUGCUGAGUCUGCAUUUUUACUGACUCUUACGUAUGAUCUAUUGGAGGAAAGAUGCAUACAUGACAUCACCAUGUGAAAUGUCUCCCUUAAGUCCUAUCUCAGCUAGUAACACCACUGAUUUUGCAAGUUUUGACCAUGAAAUUUCUUGCAAGCAUAGUGCAUUACUCUUUGUUUUGAUCUCCAUUCAAAUUAAAUGUUCUAUCUUGGUGAUGAGUUGUUAAAGAUAUCUAAGACUAUCUGGUAGUUACAUCUUUUUUGGACUUCCUCUUCACCAGCUUUAGAGAAUGGAUGUAUGGCAGUGAAGGUACCAGAAAAGUUUGGGUCUUAUCAAGGUCGCCAGGUCACCAUACCACUAACUAGUAGUGUUUGGGUGUGUUCUGAACCAUUACAGAAAUCCAGUCAUCAUGCAGUCCCUGAUGAUGAUCCUGUCUUAAACCUGGGUCUGUCAGUAAAGGCAUGUUUAUUUGAUUCUUGCUCACGUAAGGUUAUUAAAUUGUCUUUCCCUUUUUUCAUGACUCCAUCUCUUUCUAUUCCUGAAAAUGAUAUUUUUAACCUUUCACUCUUUGCAGGAAUGUUCAACUUUGCCAAGGGUCUUUGUAGAGUAAGUACAAGCAGGCAGGAUAAGUGUGAUUUAUGUGUGAAUGUAUGGUAUGUUAGGAUUGCACUUCUAAUUUUGAACCACCUGUCUUCUCCUAUACUUCAACAUUUUUGAUAUGUCCUGGUUUUACGUAACAUCCUAUUAAGAUAUCAUUUCUACCUGUAGUCAGUUUUCAUUAGUGUUUAACCUGAGUGGAUCAGCGGAGCAGUUUGAAAACUCUGAUGAGUCAGUGUGCGAAGAAGUGUUAAGGAAAGCCUUAGAUCAUGAAGAGGAUGAAGAUGUCAUGUACAUUAGUGACGAGGAAAUGAGCCAGGUAAAGUGAGUUGUUCUGAUACCGUAUAUGUCAUUGUUAAGUUAUGUUCCUUUAGCAUCAGAUUAAGGCAGAAACGUAACAAUGGUAAAAACAGCCAUUAAUUAAUGAGAAAAAAACCAUUUUAAAACGAGAACGAGAAUUGUUGGCUCCUUCUUAUUCUUAGAAAAGUCGACUUGUCACAAAACCAUCCAUUCGUGCCUACGUCCAAGUCCAUUGGUUCAAUGCAAAAGUGUAACUAGUGUGUAGCUGUAAUUGUCUUCUGAAUUUCUUUCUUCAGUUCCUUCACCACGCUGGGCAAAAACACGUUAGCCUCACAGUGGCAGCAAAGGAUCUUAUUCAAGGGUAUUAUUUGGCAAGUAGGCGAACCAAAAACUCUCUUUCAACGGUUGGCGCAGACUUCCCUUCUUCUGCUUUACAACAUCUGUAAGUUUAGCCAGUAUCGAUUCCUUGUACCCAUCUCAAGGUCACUAGAUUUAAUUUCUUUGCAGAACCCAGUAGUGAUUUACAGUUUGUGUGUAAUCUGAGUUUUGUUCCUGCUUAACCGCCCUCCUUUCCGCUUUGGUGUUUAUGACUUCGUUACUGAUACACUAUAUUCCUCUGCUUCUAUUAUUGAUUAAACUAUAUAGAGUUAUUAUUCUAAUUACCUACAUAGAAUUUUACUGCUAUCGUUACUUUUGUCAGUCUGAUUCCUCCUGUUCUCUUCUUCCGGUAUUUUAAAAGUAUUUAUACCGUUUCCCCUUUGUUUAUCGAGUACAUGCAAUUAGUUCUUCUUAACUUGCCCUUUCUUUCUUUUCCAGGACCAGUUUGGCCAUUGCUCAUGCCAAGUUAUCACUUCGUUCAGAGGUAAGCAAAUCUAAUCGGGGACGGUCUUGUCCAGUGAGUACACUUUUCUUAUCGCCUGCAGGCGUGGACUGGCAUACAGGGAGGGUGGUUGCAAUUUUAUCUCGAUGUUUUUUUGCUUCUAAAGAACCUUUGUGGGAAGAGGAUGCAAUUAUGUUUUUCUCAUGUUUGACUCCGAUUCAAUGGUGUUAUUAGCUCCGAAAGACUAUGGACGCUCCACCAUAUUCUACGCUUGGUUCCUGUAUCAGAGCGAAAUUUGGUUGGGUAGGGAGGGGGUGCGGAAAAGUGGUUUGAUUGAAAAAACGGUUACUGUUUUUGUAGAACCGUGUUCUAUUUUGUUUUAUAAACAAACACAAAAAAAUGGAUUCUAUUUCACGAACACGUGCUCAUAACGUCGAUGAUGACGUGGUUCUGUUAUUGGACAUCUGAACUGACGGUGGUAUUUGUCUGAAUGGCAAUGAGAAGUUCGAUAAAGGUAAAAAACUUUUAAAAAGAAAGUCAAGAGGCGUUCGGGGAAGCAUUUUAGAAUAUUUCACAAAGGAAGUUUUGAUCACAUUUUAUAGAUUCGACCCUAUAACUGAAUGAAUCUCACCUUCAAUUAUUUCGAUAUUGAUUAGACUAACGGACAAAAUGUUCAAGAAAAAUUGAGACUGACCGAAAACGCAAGCUCUUCUGAUCCUUAACAGUCUCAGAGGGGAACCGUGUCUGAAAUAUUCUUGUUACGUACUUUUUAAUCAUACUUGUCACAUUAGGAAGUCGCUUUGCUAUCCUGCCCAAAUUAUGUCACCAUGGGAUUUUUUGCUUUCGAUACUCCUAGAAAGAUUCUUGAAAACAAUUCGUUUCAUGAGAUUUAUUUUGUGAAUAAAAUUUACCACCGUCGUCAAGACUUAAGUCACGCACAGAAACUUUAUUGACACCGAUCCUGAUUUAAAGCUUUAAAAAAAAUAAAAAUAAAACAGAGUCAUUGAUUUUAGCACAGGUAGCUGGCAUAAAGGCACGCAGCUCAUCGACGGCUUAUUGACAGCAAAGUAACAAAUUUGUUUAUGUGACAGGAAACGAGAACUGAGGAAAGCUCUUUUUGACGUGUUCUACAAAAUUUACCGAACAUCUAUUGGAGAGAAAAGGCUGUGGAGCCGGUCAAAGUGAUAGUAUUGAUUGUGUUGGUGUAGGAAAUACGUGGGCUUUGGUGCCUGAAAGUCGAAUUUUUGCCUUUUAAAUUAACGUGGCAGCAAUUUUUUUAAGCAAAAGUUGCUAUUAAAAACUGUUUACCGAAGAGGCGGAACCACUGGGUUGACGCGUUUUUCACUAAAAAUUUCACGACAUUUUGGAUGACUUUGAUUGUCCAAUAAUGUGGCUUCCUAAACUCAUAACUGUAAACUGACUAAAAUGAUCGUAAAUCCGCGCAGAAGUAGUAAAUCUCGUGAGAAGCAGCCGUGUGUUUCCUCAGAGGAGUGCCAACUGUAACAAAGCAUUUUCAUUAACGUUCGUAAACCCGAGCUUUUGUCCUCCAAGUACAUGUUAAGCGGCUCGCAUUAAUUCUAUGAAAUUAUGUUAUUUUUGGUUGACUUCUCAAUGCUGAACUGAGGACCGACGAAAUGACAUCGUGAGAGGGUGAUUUGGCGUCCCCCGUCAACCUAAGUGUCUUCUGAUGGUGAAGUGAAAAGGCGAGCCCGACCAGUUCGAAGUAUACCACCCGACAGAAGAUAUAAGUAUUUAAGUGAAAUCAGGAUCGGUGUACUUUUAAGUUAAGUUUUCGAGUAUAUGCAAAUAAAUAGCCUUUGUCGAGCAAAUUUCUCAAACAUUCAAAGCUCACAAACAUAUUUUUUCAUCAUUUUUAAUUUCUAUUUUUCUCGCCGAAUUGUUGUUUACAGUUUCCACCCUCUUGUUUUUACGUGGGAUGGGACUGAAGUCUAAUAAUAAUUUUAAAUUACAAACUAUCAGAAAGCAUUGUUGAAAACUGCUUUAUGAGUAAUUGUUUUGCUGGAAUUAACGUUUUACGUUUCUAUCACCUGUGUCUGUUCCCAAUAAUAGUUACUUUUUCUCACGAGAAACAAUUUAAAUAUGUUACCGUAAACAACCUCUUCCUAGUUUCACCCUCGAUAGCGUUUUCUUGAGUAGCUGCCGAGUAGAGAAAAUUAUGAAGGAAAUAACUAUUCGAAAAGCAGUGUCGAGCGACUUUGCAGCCGUCCUAGAAAUGUCGGAAGGCAUUUACAACGGCCAUGACUACUUUCCUUGCUUUUUUCAUCAAUGGCUGACCAAACCGAACCGUACUAUUUUUGUUGCUCAGUAUGGUGAAAAGCUUGUUGGACUGAGAGCUAUUCACAUCGUUGACGGAGGCGAGACUUUCAUAAGUCAAGGCUUGAGGAUUCAUCCCAGAUUCCGUGGAUUGGGCUUGAGUACCCGUUUAAUCGACACCAUUCACAAGCAUAUACGGCAAGAAUAUCCCAAAGUCUGCCGAGAACGCUUCACGACUAAAUCCGACAACAUCGAGCGUCUUUCUAUUCAGAAGAAGUACGGCGACACCGCCUUGUUUGAGCGAGACAUCUUGGCCUUCUACGUGAACAGAGAAACUUUGAAACCACAUCAUCUGGAAGCCGUGGCUGGUACUUUUGAUUUGAAAGUGAAAGCCUGUUCAAGACUUUUCCUUUACAAUUUUAUUUUGAACGAUUCAGUGGCAAACAUGUUUCCAGGCCGUACGAUCGUCGUUGACUGGGAGCCUUUCGAAGCUCUCCGAUCCAAUAUCGAUUGCAUUUUCGAAGAGGGUGACUGCGUCUUUUCGGACCGAGAUGCAAACGACUGCUCCACUGGCGUGCUACCGAAAUCGUUCGCUCAUGGUCGGCGAUCGCCCCGAGUAAAGCACAUGCAUUGGGUGGCAUCUAUUUACACAGAAGACCCAGUCAUGUUCCAAGUACACGUUGUUGAACAGCUGAGGAGAGCAUGCGAGCAAAUAAAAGGUGAUUUCAUUUUCUGCACCUUUCACAAAGAUCGUCAUACCAAUUGGGGCAAGAAGCUGCUGGAAGAGUCAGUCGGCUUGAAACCGGUGGAAUUUUUCCGUGAUUUUGGACUGAUGAUGUUUGAGCGAAAAUUUCCAAAAUGACAGAACCUCCACGGAACCUGUAGUAGAAGUUUUCUUCAUUUUCUUUGUUUAAGAAACUUCUUUUUCCCCAGCUUUACACGCGGAAAGAACUAUCUUAAUUUUUUUUUAUCUGAUACAUGAAUACCAACAAAUGAAUAGUUGCAUAAACUAAUUUUUCAAAUGUGAAAAAAUUAACAUUUUCCAACCGGGUUAUUCGUGGUUUUCCUCAGCCCCUGUAAAUCCUAAAAUACAACGAUAGAAAAUCGUCUUUGUUUUACUCGAAGGUUUCAGAAGAGGACGCCGUGAUGGCCAUUGUCCUGUACGAGGACUCUAUAAAAUGGAAAUACGGUAAUAUGAUGCAAUUUCGCUCCCCAGAUGGCCCUCCUUAGGCCUACGUUGUCCCCACAGCUCUGCCCUUAAUUUGCUGUCGUUUUCUAGUUUGCUCUCUGUUUCAUUCACGAACGAUACAAUUCAGUAUAAUACUUCAUUUUACAUGUAGAAGAGAAAAACUAAAAUCAUAAGAGUCAAGCCUGUAAUGAAAAACAUAUCUCUGAAAAUAUUAGCCAUGGAAAUAUGAAAAAUUCUGAGUACUCCCUUUAUCUGGCAACAAGUAUGACUAUAAAUGACCUGGGUUCUUGAGAAGCAGAGCUAAAAAGUUUGUCCCAAAACUUGAAAAAUUCACAUUAUGUAAUCAAAGAAAAACCUAAAUGGUACAAUGGACCAAUGAAAACCCUUUGCAAGAACGCUCAACCGCCUCUAAGCGACGGAGAACUUCUUUAAACAAGAUGAGAUCAUAUAAGUAGUUAUAUAAAUAGUUUAGUGUUACUUUAAACUCUUGCUUACUUCAAAGACUCGAUUGAAACUGUGUAGUCAGUGGUUGAAUUAGUUUGAUUGUAGCGAACUAGUUCUCACAUCGCCUCCCGUGGAGCAAGAGGAGACGGAGAGCAAUUUUCAGUUGAGUGCCGAAGACAAACCGGAAUUGCGUUUUUCCUUCUCUUCAGGCUGUAUGUUUGAUUUCACUCGAGCUCUCGCUGGUUCUUUGUGAUAUGUUUUUUUCAAUUUUAAUAAUUGGCCUUUGGAUUUGGUUUCUAGUUAAUCGAAAAGUACUUUUUUCCGAUGUUGCUACCUUACAGGUUAUUCGGGUCUCGGGCCAGUGGACCCUCCUUCUCCCAGCUCGGAUGGCGCUGAAUUUUUUGGUCCAAAGGUCAGUCGAGUGACUCGCGCUUCGGAAGUAUUCAAAUCUAUCUACCAGUUACCAUAAUAUGACAAUAUCAUCAAGGUUUUCCAAUUUUAUUUGUCUACAAUAUAUCACAGUGCCACAAUGGUUUAGUCAUCUCUUUGCAUUAUAAUGGGUGAUAAAAAAGUGAUUUCAGUUGUCCAAUUUUUAUCUAUUUUCUACUUUAUUUUUAUCUUUUGGUAGAAUGAUAUCAGGAUGGAGCAAAUUCAAGAAAGAAUUCGGCGAUUUUGCUCUACUUUCAAAGAUGGUCACUAUUCUCCAUUCAAAGUGUUUGUGCACGAGGAGUGA